AAGGAUUAAUUGACAUUAACAACAUUAAACAAGAACCUGAAGAYGAUUAUAAAACAGACAACUAUCCAACAACAACCAGUAAUUCAUGUGUUGACAAUGAUUCUGCUCAGGACAUGCRAUCAUCCUACACUGACUUAGGGGACUCUUCAUGUGUGAUCUGCKUGCAGUGCAACAAAUGGUUUGACKGUAUGAAUGACUUAAAGACUCAUGAUCAAAUAGUGCACAGAGGAGARAGACCUUUCCAAUGUCAAGAUUGUAGCAUARCGUUCACUGAUAAAAAAAGUUUAAACCGUCACAAGAAAUUACACCAKAGUGAGAAAUUUGUCAGAAAAGCUUCCCCAAGAAAUACAACUCGUCGACCUAUUACUACUUCAAGGACWUUGUCAAARGAUAAACGUUUUAAAUGUAACAAAUGUGAKAAAGAAUUUUCAAGUAAAACWUCCCUAAAUAACCAUCAAAAAAUCCAUCUAAGAAGUGCUGAAAUGAGCAAAAAUAACAACCAACAARCAAAUCAAUUUSAAAUGGAAUCACAAGUGUCGCAACAGCURCAAGAAGCUAACAACAAUUUACAACAGCAGCAGUAUCUUCAGGAAGAAUCUCAACUACGAAAGCAGUCUAAAGGAGCUAUUAGCCAASAGCAAAMAAGCCCAGAGCACCAACAGAAACAACACGACWCAGCGGAAGGAAAASCCCCUGACAAAUCGAUCGUUCUUCAGCUUUUUCUGUGCAAAGAAUGYCGUAUAUGGUUUAAUGAUUUCUCAGCUUUAGAAAGUCAUUACCUAAGGGUACACAAGGGAGAGAAGAGCUUGCAACAGCAUGUCCUACCGAACACUGYAUUAACACUUAAUAACAAACAGCUAUUACAAGUAAACCAACAAAACAGCAAAGAAAARGAGCAUCAACCACAACCACAUCAAAGGAUCGGUAAGGAAGAUACCAACAAACAGCAUCACCAACCACAACAACAAUAUCCAUUGUACCAACGUCAACAAGAACGUCAACAACACCCACAACAACAGCAGCAAUUACUACAAAUACAUCAUCAGCAAAGCCUACAGCAACAACARCAACCAGCUGCGACAGGAMCAAAAGAAAAAAUCYACCACAGUAAUUCAACUGUUGAGCUCUUUGUAUGCAGGGAGUGCAAUAAAUGGUUUAGUUGUCAAUUAACCUUAGAAAAUCACAAUCUAACRGUACACAAGGGAGAGAAAUAUCUACAACGACACGUCAUGACGAACCCUCURAAUGGAARCGGCAACAAACAGUCUCAUACUCAACAAUUAAAUCCAGAAAAGAGUUCAGAAAAAGAACGAAGAAAACCUGAAGCUUUGUCAGGGUCAAAGCAGAGAUCUCCGAUMGCUGAUWCUAAGCAUAUGAAUACAUUCUUUCUUUGUAGGGAAUGUAACGUGUGGUUYUCAGGKACACUGACUUUAGGCAUGCACCACGCAUCUAUGCACUGGGGAGAAAAGCGCGGUGAGCARACAUUUCAAAUGAAGACACUCAAUGGUAAUUUUGUUCGGGUUCAAAGCAACGAAAAAGAGAAACAGCAACAGAAGAAGGACAUWAAAAGCCAGAAUCGACAACAAGAUUCUCUGAGCAAAGAACAAAUAAUCGCAAUUGUUGUAACUGCUAGUGAUUCUGCUGAGAACCCUGAAAAUUCGUCUCACUGUCUGAAGAGCAUUGAAUUCUUCUUGUGUAAACAAUGCAACAAAUGGUUAAGCAGUAGAAAGAAUUUGCAAUGCCAUAAGGAAAGAGCACACGAAAAAGAAAACCAUAGAGAACAACAACGUCAACAAGAAAGUUGUCAGCAAGAACAACAGCAGGAGUACGAAUGUAGCGGCGAAGAACUACAGCAUCAGUGUGAUAGUACAAAACAGAAACAGUGUCAACUACAAGAUAAUAGCAACGAAGAAAAACAAAACGAAAACAAAGAACAAUCACACAACCAACAAGAUGAAAACAAUGAGCAACAGCAAGUCAGCGAGCAAAAAGUUGACAACUUAGAACAACAGUACAAACCAGGUGACAGCAAAAAACAGCAUGCUAKCARCAAWGAACAGCAACAAAGUACGAACGUAGAGCGACAACAUGAAGUCAGCAAAGAACMGCAACAAGGUGACAGUGAACAAGACAAACAGCAAUUAUGUGAAAGUAAAGAAAAGRAACAGGAAUAUGAAAGUAUAAAACAACAACUACAGCAACAAGGUGAUAACCAAGGAGAGCAAUUACAACAAGAUGGCAKCCAAGAAUACAAGCAACAAGGUCGAGAACAUAUCAUUGAGCAAGCAACUCAGAGUUCUUUAGACAACCCUCAGGACAUUGCCUCCAUACUCUCACUUUGCACUGUCUGUUCAAUCUGGUACAGUACAAGAAAAGAACUGMAGRWUCAUCAGGACACGAAACACAAGAGAAGUAUAUMCAAGUUUACCGGAGAGAAUAACCACAAAGAAGUCAACCACCAAAAUCUUAAUCCUGUCAAUUCUACGAGUGGUWCAUCAUCCCAGGCGAAUAASCAGAUUAAAAGAAAGAAUGAAGWAGAGGAGCACCCAGAAAUAAAACACCAGAGGCUCAAUCCAAGUACAUCACAGCCCUCGGGAAUGAACGGCCAGCAUGAAGAUGAACAGGAGAACGCAAACACUGUCAGGUGCAACACCAGUACAUCAUACCAAAAUCCUCUUCAGUCUACCUUGAAAAUCGUCUUCAAAUGUGUAAUAUGUGAACUGUGCUUUACAAAUAGUCACGACUUAGAUUGCCAUAAUAAAAGGCAUGUGGAAAGGCCAUACAAUUGCACAAAAUGUGCUAAGCGAUUUGCAGAGAAGUCCCUGCURGAAAACCAUUUAAAUGAAUGGCACAAGCCGUUUACAUGUAGUUCGUGCCAGGAGCACUUCUUCAGCGAAGAUAGUUUGGAGAGCCAUGCACAGACACACCAGGAAGAUUACUGUCAAGACGUAUUCAAAUGUGGUACAUGCCUAAAAGGGUUCAAAAGUAUUUCAUUAUUGAAGGUYCACUUUCAAUCACGUGACACAUUCAACACAACUCCUCGCACUYUAAGGGAAUGUCAACUGAAAUGCCAAAUUUGUUAUCAAGAAUUUGAGAAGAGGAGAGAUUUUYUMGAGCAUUUGCCCGAACACAGGAAAAAUACAGACUAUAAAUGCCAUCUUUGCGGAGAAGAAUUCGAGGACAAUUACCUAUUGAAGCGACACUGUCAAGAAAAGCACAAUGACACGAAGAUAUACAAAUGCUCCGUUUGYARUGAAGCGUACUCCACCAAAUUUAAAUUAAAGCGUCAUUUUGUCAACCACUCUGAUAAYAAAUCACAAUGCCCAAUCUGCAACAAAGUGUUUAUUCGUCCAUUUUCCUUGACAAAUCAUGCUAUGGUGCACACCGGAGAGAAAACGUCCAACGAGAAGCCGCAUGAAUGUACAGUCUGUGGUAAAACCUUCAUAUACAAGAGYUAUCUAAAGCUUCAUAGUGUCAGCCACAAUAAAGAAAAGGCGUUUAAGUGCACAGUUUGUGGUGAAGCCUUCAAUUACAAGGUCUCUUUGAYGCGUCAUGUUUAUAGACACACAGGAGAGAAACCGUUUAAAUGUACAGUUUGCGAUAAAGCAUUUAAGCGCAAGACUUCUCUUGAYGCYCACGGUUAUACGCACAAUGGAGGAAAACCAUACAACUGUAGCUUUUGUGGCAAAACGUUUUCUUACAAGUUUUCUUUGAAGUGUCAUAUUGAUAGGCACAAUGGAAAGGAGCCACAGAAACCGUACAAAUGUUCACACUGCGAUGAAACUUUUAAACACAAAGUGUGUUUGGAUUUCCACCUUGAUAAGCAUGCAGGAAGGGCCCACUAUCAGUGCACGGUUUGUARUAAAACCUUCACAAAUCAGAACACCUUUCAGAGACACAGCGAUUUACACUCUUCAAAGAAUCUGUUUGAAUGCACAGUUUGUAGUAAAGCUUUUACCUCGAAGAACAACUUGAAAAUUCAUUCUUUUAAGCACUCUAGAGAGAAACAAUACAMGUGUGCACUUUGUAAUGCACCUUUYAGAUACAAGGUCUCUUUGGAAUACCAUCUUAAUAAGCAUGAUGGAGUGGAACCAUAUCAGUGCACAAUUUGUAGUAAAACCUUCACCCAUCAGACGACUUUUAAGAGACAUCGCYACUUGCAUGGCAAAGAGAAAGAGGUUACACCGUGUUGCAACGUGAAGCCAUUCCAAUGCACAGUUUGUAAGAAAGCUUUUAAAUGUGAAAAGAACUUGAUAACUCAUAGGUCCAAACACACCGGAGAGAAACCAUUUAAAUGCGAAAUUUGCUCUGAAASCUUUGCACAUAAGAUUUCUCURACUAACCAUUCUUACAAGCACUCAGGAGAGAGACCACACAAGUGUUCAACUUGCAGUAAAGGAUUUACAACGAAAAGCACUUUGACGUAUCAUCUUAAAUCUCACGAUCCUGAGAGAUAUACUUGCACACUGUGUGAAGAAAAGUUCCCAAAGAGAGCUCUCCUGAACAAGCACAAGGUAGAACACAAYGGGAARAAAGAAUACAAGUGUCCAAUCUGCAGCAAGGUCUUCAAUAAGGGCUGCAAUAUGCAGCGGCAUUAUACAAUGCACAGUGGCAUAAAGCCAUUCAAGUGUUCAGUGUGCGGUAAAAAGUACUUUGAGAAGGCUGACCUGAAAAGCCACUGCCUUAAGAUCCACAUGAAGUGGAACGAAUCCGUUAAAAAAGAGCACGCCUGUCCCAUUUGCAAUAAGGUCUUUGCCAGGAAUGAUAUCAUGAAGAGGCAUUAUAGAUUGCAUAGUGGUAUUAAGAUGUUCAAGUGUACUGUCUGUGAAAAACAGUAUUGGAAGAAAAGUGAUUUGAAAAAACACUGUCUGAAGAUUCAUGAGAAGUGGAGUGAAGAAUUAAUUGUAAARCAGCCAUCCAACUUUGAUGUAAAGGAAAUAUCAGCUUCACCUACACAAUCUAGUGAUCCACAUAAGACAAUGAUCCAGAAGGACUCGGACAAUAACCAAGUUUUGAAAGUUACUGUAGAGAAAGGUAAAACAGCCCUAAAUGGCUCGCRCACUAGCCAAGUUCCUGAAGCUACUGCACGGAAACGCAUAACACCCUUGAACUCUGAAAACAGUCAAGUCCCUGAAGUUACUACAGGGAAACAUAAAACACCCCUGAACUCUGAGAACCAAGUUCCUGAAAUUACUGCAGAGAAAGAAAAGCUAAACCACAAAAAAGCAGGACCCUUUGAAUCUAAGUUUUGCAAAGGAUGUAAGACAUGGUUUGGUCGUCAAAGCAAGUUUGAWAACCAUUCACACAAGAAUGAAAGACGUUUUAAAUGUMAAGAUUGCGAGAGAAUGUUCAUGCAUAGCAACGCUUUUARGAUGCAUCAACAAACUCAUGUAAAAUGACCACACGAAUGAAAUGCUUUGAACUCUCCAGGGAAUGGAAUUGAUGGUCAACUGCCCAUUGGGAUCCGCCCAUCCAAGAACUUGCAUCUAUACUCAAAAUAUCUGUAAUAGAUAACUGUUAGACAACCCCAAMUAACUCGUUGUUAUUUKUAUUAG